AUGUCGGAAGAUCCUCACUCAGAGAGAGACUUGAUCCCUACAAGUAAACGCAUGAGGGACAAUGGCAGCGAAGCAUCCACUCGUCCGGCGGAAGAGUGUGGAUGUGGGGAGGCUGUUCCAGACCCCAUCAAUAAUAAUGGAAAAGCCAUGGCCAACCAUUGCUCGAUAGUUAUGGGUGGUAUAUUAAAUAACCCAUCGUUGUCUUUCAACGAUGGUGUUCGAUCUGUCGAUUUCGUACUUGUAUGGGAGUCUGGGAAAGAUGACGCGACGACGCCAGAGGCGUAUGCACAUAGACAAAUAUUCGAGCAAAAUCUGGAGAAUGAGGGCUUGCAGCUCGAAAGAGAAGCUCCGGAGGAUAUGUAUGGAUUGAACUUUAUCAAGAUUCAUGCGCCACUAAAUGUUUUAAAAGAUUACAGCGAGGUCCUUAAACUUAGGAUGCCAAUGAAGGAAUGCAGUAAGAUACGAAAAGGUGGGCGGACGAACGCCAUACUGAAUGCUGCGAUGUAUAUGUCUAAGUUUUCAGCUUUAAAAGAUGUGCACGAAAAAACGAAUAGUUUUUUGGAUAAAUUAGAAGAGUUUUGGAAUCAAAUUAUGUCUAAAAUUAGAGUUGAUCCCGCCAUGUUCCCGGAGAGGAAGCAUCGGUUGACGGCGAUUUAUUCGAAGGACAAAGAAUAUUUAUUUGACACGUCAGCAGAGUGUUUUUGGACACCCUCGAUUCGUUCGCGUAUAGUUCAAUUUAUAUUAGACCGUAAGAAGUUUUCGAUGUCACCCAGUGACGACUUCGCCUUCGGAAUAACUCGCUUGAUCUCCAACAAUACUUAUAGUGCGGCCUAUCCUUUACACGACGGUGAUCUCAAAACGCCGGGCUCGAUGCGCCAUCUGCUUUAUACAGAAUGGGCGAGCGUGUCCAAGUGUCUCAAAUAUCAACCCCUAGACUAUGUAAAAGACUAUUUUGGCGUUAAAAUUGGUUUGUAUUUCGCGUGGCUCGGCUUCUACACUCACAUGUUGAUUCCCGCGUCUGUGGUUGGACUCAUUUGUGUCAUAUACUCAGCUGCUACGGUGUUCUCGAAUAAGCCAAGUGAAGACAUAUGCAACUACAACGCGUCCAUAAAGAUGUGUCCACAAUGCGAUUAUUACUGCGACUUCUGGGACCUGCGCGCGACCUGCCUGCAGUCGCGGAUAACAUACCUCUUCGACAACCCCACCACGGUGUUCUUCGCUAUAUUUAUGAGCUUUUGGGGGUCGUGUUUUCUGGAACUCUGGAAGAGAUAUUCGGCGGAGAUGACGCAUCGUUGGGAUCUAACGGGUUUCGACGUGUACGAGGAGCACCCUCGGCCGCAGUACUUAGCGAGACUUGCGCAUGUUAAAAGGACACAGUUGAAUGUAGUGACAGGAGAAAGAGAGCCUAUGGUGCCAUUUUGGCGGAUGCGGUUGCCCGCGACGCUGAUGUCGUUCAGUAUUGUGGCACUACUGAUCCUGCUCGCGCUGGCCACGGUGCUGGGCGUCGUGUUGUACCGGAUGUCGUUGUUGGGCGCCGCCAUCUUGCGCCAGCAGGAGAACGUCCUGAUAACGUACAGCCCGAUCAUGUUCACUACGGCCACGGCUGCGUGUAUCAAUUUGGUUUUCAUCUGUAUAUUUAAUUAUAUCUACCAAUUUCUCGCGGAAUGGCUCACGGAAAAGGAACUAUUGCGAACACAAACCGAGUUCGACGAUUCUCUCACCCUCAAAAUCUACCUCCUGCAAUUCGUGAACUAUUACGCGUCUAUAUUCUACAUAGCGUUCUUCAAAGGCAAGUUUGUGGGUCGCCCCGGGGACUAUGUAAGGUUCUUUGGACAUAGGCAAGAAGAGUGUUCUCCUGGGGGUUGUCUUCUUGAGUUAUCCAUCCAGUUAGCUAUCAUCAUGGUCGGCAAGCAGUUUAUAAAUACCAUCGUAGAGAUGAUGAUGCCAUAUUUCCUCAAAUGGUGGAACAUUUUACGAACUAUUGGUAGAAGGAAAACAAUAAAAAGCCCAAUGCAGUGGGUGAAGGACUUUAAGUUGGUCGACUUCGGCAAUAUGGGAUUGUUUCCUGAAUAUUUAGAAAUGGUCCUCCAAUACGGCUUCGUAACGAUCUUCGUAGCGGCUUUCCCCCUCGCACCGCUGUUCGCGCUAAUCAACAACGUGCUGGAAAUGCGCCUCGAUGCUAAGAAGUUCCUCACCUGCUACCGCCGCCCGGUGCCGCAGAGAGUCAACGAUAUAGGCGUGUGGUAUCGCAUAUUGGACUCUAUUGGGAAACUCAGUAUUAUAACUAAUGGUUUCAUCAUAGCUUUCACAUCGGAGUUCAUACCUCGUCUAGUGUACCGCUUCACGAACGGCUCAUUAGAUCAGUAUGUGAAUCAUACACUGACAGACUUCAACAUCACAGUGUUAGAACACUUGCCUAAAUCGUCCUACAAUGAGACUAUGUGCAGUUAUCCUGGUUACUGGUAUUACAAGGAAGGAGAUGACUACGAGCAUUCUAAUUGGUACUGGCAUGUGAUGGGGGCGAGAUUGGCCUUUGUUGUUGUGUUUGAAAACGUGGUGGCGCUAGUGAUGAUAAUAGUGCGAUGGGCGAUCCCGGACAUGUCCGGGGAGCUCCGGGAUCGCAUCCGGCGUGAGGCGUACGUCAUCAACAGCUUCAUAAUGGAGGAGACGCGCGCGCGGUCGCUCGCGCGCACGCCGCUGCCCGCGCGCGCGGACAACCACCAAGGUGACGGAGAGUCCAAUUGGAACCAUUUUGCAUCACUAUCUGGCUCCGAUUUCGACUUAGCAGCUCACGGCGACCACCAAGAUAUACGGGAUUUGUCUAAACAUGUGGUGUCUCGGCGAACCGAGGGAAGUCCAGGGCCUGAACACGUU